GCUGCCGGACAUGUCGCGCUGCGUCGACGGCCUGCGCCGCUGCAACAAGGUAAAUCCCGAGGAGCCGCCCAUCCCUCCGGACCCUGAACUCUGGCAGAGGAGGGACGAGUUUUUCGGCUGUGAGGACCAAGCUGCCGCGGCACCUCCGACGGUGCCGACACAGCCCCAGGUGCAGAGCAGGCAGAAACAGGACCAGCAACAGAGCAAGAAGCAGGAGAAGCAAAAGCGCAAGCAAGAACAGCAGCAGCAGCAGCAGCAGCAGCAGGAAGAGCAGCCGGUGGUGGAGAGACGCAAGUCCGGCGGGCGAGCCAAGCGGGUGCGCAGCUACCUGAAGAAGUGCCGGCGGGCCGCCUCCGGAGGCUCGUCGUCGUCGCAGGGCGCGGAGGAGCCGGCCAGGACCUCCUCCUGGUACGUGGAGCACUACCACGUGGCGGAGCAGAGCCAGGAGCACGUGUGCGAGGAACACGUCUGCGAACUGCCGCUCGAUAGGGUCGAAGUGCUGCGGGCACGCGACCUGUACGAUGACUCCGCCGACGCGUCCGACGGCGCCGCGUCCGCCGAAGACGGGGAGGUGGCGGCCGGCGAGCUGGCGGCGCCGCGCGACGACGUCGAGGUGGUGCGCGGCGAGCGGCGGGCGUCCGGAGGCGGCGUCGGCGGGAGGCGGCCGGCCGAGGAGGGACGCCCGCCGGACAGCGUCGAGCUGAGGCCGGGCCGGGGCGGGCCCGGAGACGUCCUGGACUCCAGGAACGAGGGCGGCACGGAACGCGGCGCGGCCGCCCUCCAGGAAAUUCCCGAGGAUCGGACGAGUGGAGGCGGCAAGUGCACUGCGGACAAGUCGGUGAACGCGAAUCUGGACGCAGAAAGUGCCGGAGCGGAGGACCGCGACGGGUGCGAGCGGAGUGCGAGCGCGUGCGACGGCGACGGCGCGCUGCCGGCGUCGGACGGCGAGGCCGUCGAGUGGCACGACGCCCGGUCCGAGACGCCGGAGCCCGCCGCUGCCCCCGGCGCCGUCGCCAUAGAGACCCCCAUCGCGCUGCCCGAGAGCGGCGUGCCCGGGCUGGUGGCGCGCCACCUGGGCGCCGUGUACCCGCGCUUCUCCAGCGUGCGCGCCGCGCUGGAGCGGCAGGCGCGCGACCUGCUGGUGGUCCGCUACCAGGGCCGCCUCGCCGCCCUCGAGGACCUCUUCCUGCGGCCCGCCGCCGCGCUCGCCGCCUCCCUGCUCGCCGAGGCGCGCUCCAAGGUAAGCCGGCCGGCGCACUGCGCAGCUGUCGCACAACUACGCUGA